AUGGCCUUCUUCCGGCAGCUGAAACUUCUUCUUUGGAAGAAUGGACUGGCAGUCAUCAGACAGCCACUUUGGUCCCUGACGCUGGUUGCCUGGCCUCUGAUCAUCUUCAUCCUCAUUGCUGUGACGCGCCACAAGUUCCCUCCGAUAAUAAAAGAUACAUGUUAUGUGGGACCCCGAAACCUACCCAGCACAGGCAUCUUCCCUUUCCUUCAGACCCUCAUGUGCAACACAGACAGCAGCUGUCACAACAAAUCCCGCCUGGUGGACCCAGCUGCAUCAAAGUCGACUGCAAGAUCGAACCACCUGCCAAAUGAUUCCCCGCUGGCAAAAGAUUUUCUCAAAUUCGCUCCCCCCAAGGACUCCAGCAAUGAUCCUGCAGAGCUGUUUAAGGUCUUAAACAACAUUUUUGGUCCAUCUUACCGCGGAAGCUCUAAUAACGUCUCUUUCAUGAACACCAUGAAUACCUCUCUUCUGGGAGAUCAGACGUUGCACAAAAUGCUGGAGUCAGUGAACCUGGUCAAGAGAGCCAUCUGCACCAUGAUGCUGCCCAUGAUAAACACAACCUCACCCAACACCCUCUCCUAUGCUGUGGUCACUUUCUGCGAGUCUAACAACACUGUGUUUGAAGUCUCGCUCAAAACAUUCAACCAGAUACUGACGGACCUGAUGCUGAAAAAACCCAAUGAGAUGAUGACGGCGGCUGGGGUGGCGGUGUUGGUUAUUGAGCAGCUGCAAAAUCAGACCUCUCUGUGGGAAAGCCUUCUAGCUAUUCCCCAGCUCUUCUCUUCUGGUUCUGUUGACCAAGUGCUGGCCAGCGCCGAGGUCCUACUCACCAACUUACAGGGUGCUCUGCAUGUCAUCCAGAGCAAUUUGCCUGAAGCCAGUGCCUCACUUUCCACAGUGCAUCCACUCCUUGCUGGAGGCAUCAACCUAAUCCACUAUGCUCAAAACUGGCCUGGCAAAGAUGUGUCCAUUUCCCUCGGAGAGGUUGUGACAUUGCAGAAUGACUCACUAAGUGAAGUGGUGAAACUUGUUCUACAAACCGUCAAAAUACCCCUGGACAAGGCUAUCGGCCUGGCAUUGGACAGAGACAUGGUGCGUUCGUACUUGUGUGACAACAGCAGUAACCCAAUGUGGCUGACAGCAGCGUGCACUACAGGCACAGUGGACAUGCUUCUGGGCUGGAUCAGCCCUGAUAAGUUGGCAAAGCAGGCUCUCCUGGUGUGGAGUAAGCAUGUUGCUCCACAUGAUGUGUCCUACGCCAAAGGGCUGCUGAACAGUCUGAUAGGAGCUUUAUCUCCAGGACAACAGGGAGGCUCCAGCAUCACAAGGAAGCGGCGUAGCAUAGAGACACAACCACUAAACCUUGAGGAGGAUCUGUUUUUGGAGGUCGGUCAAGUGGUGAUGGAGAUUAUAAAAAGUGUGCCGGAGCUGGAUAUGGUUGUUCAGAGCUUCCUCAGAACUGGCUUUCAGUCCAUGAUGUCAGCGACACUGGCCCUUGAUACUGUAGAAGAAAUCAUAGCCAAAUUCCUGAAAGAUGCUGAUCAACUCAAAAUGACUUAUCUAACGUUGCUGACGGACCAGACUGGGGCAAGCGUUUGGAUUGGACAUGUCCUGGACAGUGUGAUUGAAAUGAUAAUGAAGCUUCUGUCAACUGAGUCUUUAACAUGUGAGGAUGUCCUGGGUCCCUUCGAGUGGCUCUUAAACACAGAGAGCAUAAAGAUCGAGGUGUGGAGAUCAAUGAUCUGUCAGAACAGCUCCGCUCUACAGGAAGCGCUACUGAUGGACUGGCUGCCAUUGGUUCAGAAGGCAAAAGACGUGUACAGCGCCAUCACAGGCCAAACAGAUUACAAUGUGACACUUCCCAUGAUUCUCUCUGAGUGGCAUCAGCUGUGCAAUAACAGUAUGCAGCUCGGCGUGCUUUCGGACAGACUGGCCACAGAACUGGGUGGAGCGUAUUGGAAGAACUGGAUGCCAGACAACAUCACUCACGAUGUUACAGGAACUCUUCAACAAAGUGUUUUAUUUUUCAUGGAGCAUUUUGGAGAAAAGAUUGAGAAGAGUCUACUGUGGCCUGAGUUAAAAGACUAUUUUCACAUGCUUUACUGGAUUGUGAACUACAGGCCUGGCGUCACAUCUCAGCCAGCAAACUGUUCUAUAAUCAACUACUCAGCCAUUCAAUGUGAUACUGGUUUGAAAUGGCCACAGUUUGUUCAAGCACUGACUCAGCCUCUGAUAUCAUCAAACCAAGACGCCCUGGUGAAUUUUCUCAAAGGAACUGUGAAUCUGUUGCAGCAUGUGUACGGUGACACCUAUAAAGAUCUGGCAGGAUCAUAUUUGAAACAAGAAAUCAAAGGUGGAGAUGCGCUCUCUGCCUACCUGAUAAACCUGAUGCAAAACCUGGACGACUUUGUCAACACAAUCUCCAUGCUUCCUGACCAAAACAUUGCUAACCCUGAUGUCAUGCUUCCCCUCAUUGGUAACCUGCUACAGUCCACAGGUCUGAGACCACUGCUGCCUUUGCUCUUCAGUGAUGGUCCCCUCAAUGCGUCCAUGGUACUUGAUGUUGCCUCAAAGCUUGGCAGGCUCAACCAGCACAUUUUUACCUUCAACGAGACAGACCCAACGAUGCCUGAACUGGAACGAUUGAUAACCCUGUUUCUCUCCUUGGAGGGUAACCUCACCAUGUCUCUCUCCCACAUCAUUGGACACACUCUGCUUACCUAUACAGAUUACUUCAACCAUGACGAUAUAGCACGUCUCAGAGAAGCCAUCCAGCCUUUCACCAACCAGACCUCAGCAGGCUUUGUAGAAGCCAUCCUCAGUGCCAUGGAGCUACUGAAAACAGUGAUAGAUUCUCCAAACGGUGACCCAACUAGCCUCAUUCUUGGGUACCUACGCCAGCUUCAAGAAUUUGUGAUGUCUCUGUAUAGACUGCAAAGAAUCCAACAUCUCCCAUCAUCAAGUGAGCAUCUUAGCAUAGCACAAGUCACUGACCUCCACAUGCUUUCCAAGGACUUUCUCAGCCUUCUCACACCAGAGAGCCUUCAGAACCUGACUCUGGCUGGAGCAGAUUCUGCCCAGAACAUAGUUGGACAGAAAUUUGUAGCAUUCCUACCACCUGAGCUCCAACAGGAAGCAGCCAGCUUUCUACAGGAUUUCAAAGAUCUGCAGUAUCACCUGACCCAAUGUGCAGCAGGCGAAAACUGCUUGGCUGGAGUCUCAGAAAUCUUCGUGUUUCUGGAUCAGAUAUUAGACAUGAUGCUCUCGGCCAACGGUAAUGUCACAAUCAGAUUAGCUACUACCAACUCUGUUCUGGAGGGACAGAAAUAUGAGGAAAUAACAUCCCUGUUCUUCUCACUCCUCCUGUCCUCUGAUGAUGCUGCCUAUGUGGAAACAUUCAAACAGUUUCUUAAUUUCAUCCGAUUGAUCAUGGAUACACCAAAUAUUUCUGUGUCUGAUGUUCAGAAUGCUCUGCAACAGUCAAACCUAACCCUUGAGGAGCUGAACAACAUUGCUAAACUAGCUGGAGCUGCCAACAUAAAGAACCUGAUGGUAGAUGUAAUGCAAAUUAUGAACGUUCGCCAGUGUUUUGAACCACAAAGUAACCCGAUGGUGACAGCUCAGUGUGUUAUGGGACUAAUAACGGGUGUCAGCAGUUUCCUGACACACAUACCUGCUCUCCGUAAUGACACAGCCAUCCUCUCCCUCAUCCCCUUAAUCGUCAAUAACGCUAUUAGUGAUGUCGUCCAAGUUAACUUCAGCUCCAAUCCUCACAUGGCUAUCGCACACACACUGAACAGCACCCUGGCCAAUAUCAAGAUGAACCUCCAGCUGAAUCACCUGUACACUCCUGAAAUCAUGAAUGAAAUCAGAGUGGUAGAGGGUCUGAUACAACUAGUCACCAUCACAGAGCCAUUUAACAAUUUGAACACCACCUUGUUGAUGGACCCUAUGUAUGCUCAGAAAGUGUAUCUGGAAAUUGUGGAAUGGUACUUGAAAAGGCUGGAAAAUAUCACAAACACAAGCUCGAUCUCAGAGCUCCUCCAUCCUUUUUUCUACCUCACACAAAUGCAAGUGACAUUACAGCUGGCACAGGUGGACUUCUCUUUGUUUUUCAGUAAGCAGGUCGAGUUACUGAUGAACAACCUCCAGUACCCAAUAGAUGGUCAAGGGGUGAGUAAAAUUGGCCAGACAACAGUUGAACUUCUCCGGCAUCUAGUUGAAUUAAUUACAGUCAACCUAGAGGCUCAGAAUAAGAUCAACACAACCAUUCUGCAAGUCACCAAGCUCCAAGUUAAGCUAUACCUCGACCUCAUACAGAAGUGGAUGAAACAACCCAAUGUCACGUUGGUCCUUGAAAGUAUGCUCCAAUGGGGAAACCCCUCCAUAAAUGUCUCCACUCCUGUGACAGACCUCCAGCACCUGCUGGAGACGAUGGUUAAUGUUCUCAGCGAUGAUCAACAGGCCUACCUCUUCAUCAUUGGCAAUAUCAUGCAGUCCCUGAACAAAGGCCUAAUGGUGGCAGAGCAACCUGGUGGCCUACAGAGUGACCACUUCUUAGACGCCAUCUUGGCAGCCGUCCGAAGUGCUAUGCAGCUACUGACAGCAGCCACAGGCCCCCUGCCGCCAUCUAUACAGCAGAACAUCCUGGAAAUUGUGCAGAACUCACUGAACCUCAUUGUCCAACCCAACAUUAGUUUUGCCUCAUCUCGUAACAUCUCCCUCCUCAUCCUCAAGAGGGCUGAGAGUGUCAUCCAGAUGACAAUAACAGAAGUGUUCGCUGAAUAUCUGCUUGCUGGCCUCAAAGUAGCAACCACAUAUUUUGAGAGCAUCUCCGCAGCCGGUGGACCAGACAGCUUGAAUCAGUUGAUUCUGGAUGAGAUGAAAACAGUCCAGAGCCUCCUGCCACCAAACAGCCCAGCCCAGGCCUACGUCUCUGUCCUCAUUAACAUCACUCACUUUAUCUUGGAGUCUGGCCAAGGUAACAUGAGCCUCUGGGCAAGUUUUGAGAGUGCAUCAGUAGAAAAUGUGCCCAUCAUUUUUGGCCAGAUGGGCAAACUCUUGAGCAUGCUUUGGCCACUCAUCAUGGGAGGCCCAGGCUCACAUACAACUGCUCCAUCUCUGGAGGACUUUGCUCAUCUUGCUCCAGUCCUGGAGCAGGUGAUGACUGGGAAGGCAGACCAGGACACGUGGAACAAACUUGAAAAGAUACUAGAGACACUACUGUCAACCCUCAAAGGAACAGAGCUAUGGGACGGAAUCCCAUCUUUUAUCCCACUGUUGGAGAAAAUCGUAGGAAGUAUGGUGAACAACGGGCAAGCACAGAACGUGAUGAUACUAAGCCUUCAGACGCCUUUCAUGGUCCUGAUGAGAGAAAUGGCACAGUCUGUGAACACCAGUCAUUUUAACUUGUCUGAGAUCUCGGAAAGAAUGCCGCCUGCCAUUGAACGCACGGUGAAGGCAGCUGAGCAGGCUAAUGGCACGUUGGAAUGCAGUGACGUUCUCGAAGCAUGGGAGCCGGUAAGAGAGGCGGCGGGGUUAAGCCACGCCACCAUGUCUAUGUGGUGCAACAUCAGCGUGCAGCCUGUUUUUGAGGCCUAUGCUGCAGCCCAGACUGUCUAUGCCCACAUGAACAUGAGUCACAUGGGUGUAGGACCAAUGACUGUGAGAGCUAGAGCUGCCAGGAUUGUCAAGGCGGUACAGUCUCUCUACCAUGUCAACAUUAACAGCUCACUUGUGACAGAGCAGCUCAUCAUGGCUAUCUUGAGCCAGCUCUCUGAGCUCGCAGGCCAGCCUCUAAAUCCUGAGGCAGAGCUUUACUGGUACAAGCAGCUCCAAGACAUGCAGUUGCAAAACAGGAUUCUGGAUGAGAUGAAAACAGUCCAGAGCCUCCUGCCACCAAACAGCCCAGCCCAGGCCUACGUCUCUGUCCUCAUUAACAUCACUCACUUUAUCUUGGAGUCUGGCCAAGGUAACAUGAGCCUCUGGGCAAGUUUUGAGAGUGCAUCAGUAGAAAAUGUGCCCAUCAUUUUUGGCCAGAUGGGCAAACUCUUGAGCAUGCUUUGGUCACUCAUCAUGGGAGGCCCAGGCUCACAUACAACUGCUCCAUCUCUGGAGGACUUUGCUCAUCUUGCUCCAGUCCUGGAGCAGGUGAUGACUGGGAAGGCAGACCAGGACACGUGGAACAAACUUGAAAAGAUACUAGAGGACACUACUGUCAACCCUCAAAGGAACAGAGCUAUGGGACGGAAUCCCAUCUUUUAUCCCACUGUUGGAGAAAAUCGUAGGAAGUAUGGUGAACAACUGGCAAGCACAGAACGGCUAAUGGCACGUUGGAAUGCAGUGACAGUUCUCGAAGCAUGGGAGCCGGUAAGAGAGGCAGCGGGAUUAAGCCACGCCACCAUGUCUAUGUGGUGCAACAUCAGCGUGCAGCCUGUUUUUGAGGCCUAUGCUGCAGCCCAGACUGUCUAUGCCCACAUGAACAUGAGUCACAUGGGUAUGGGACCAAUGACUGUGAGAGCUAGAGCUGCCAGGAUUGUCAAGACCGUACAGUCUCUCUACCAUGUCAACAUUAACAGCUCACUUGUGACAGAGCAGCUCAUCAUGGCUAUCUUGAGCCAGCUCUCUGAGCUCGCAGGCCAGCCUCUAAAUCCUGAGGCAGAGCUUUACUGGUACAAGCAGCUCCAAGACAUGCAGUUGCAAAACAGUUUGUCUUCUUUCAAAAUGCUCUCAGAUGAGCUGGUAAGCAUGGCCCCAUUCAUCCAGCCUUACACGGAAGCCAUAGAGGAAGCACUGAGCCACAUCCUGGACAACUACCAUCUCAUUCAAGACAGCAGCUCAUCCCAGGACCUCUUCAGAGAAGCAGCAAUGAUCUUCCUAUCCAGUGCAAACAUCACAUGGGACAACCCAAUGAUGUGGGGAAAUUUCUCUGGACUUGAUCUGCAGAACAUCCUGGAAAUUAGGGCGGAACGUUUCAUCCAGAUGACAAUACCAGAAGUGUUUGCUGAAUAUCUGCUUGCUGGCCUCAAAGUAGCAACCACAUAUUUUGAGAGCAUCUCCGCCGCCGGUGGACCAGACAGCUUGAAUCAGUUGAUUCUGGAUGAGAUGAAAACAGUCCAGAGCCUCCUGCCACCAAACAGCCCAGCCCAGGCCUACGUCUCUGUCCUCAUUAACAUCACUCACUUUAUCUUGAGUCUGGCCAAGGCAAGUAACAUGAGCCUCUGGGCAAGUUUUGAGAGUGCAUCAGUAGAAAAUGUGCCCAUCAUUUUUGGCCAGAUGGGCAAACUCUUGAGCAUGCUUUGGCCACUCAUCAUGGGAGGCCCAGGCUCACAUACAACUGCUCCAUCUCUGGAGGACUUUGCUCAUCUUGCUCCAGUCCUGGAGCAGGUGAUGACUGGGAAGGCAGACCAGGACACGUGGAACAAACUUGAAAAGAUACUAGAGGCACUACUGUCAACCCUCAAAGGAACAGAGCUAUGGGACGGAAUCCCAUCUUUUAUCCCACUGUUGGAGAAAAUCGUAGGAAGUAUGGUGAACAACUGGCAAGCACAGAACGUGAUGAUACUAAGCCUUCAGACGCCUUUCGUGGUCCUGAUGAGAGAAAUGGCACAGUCUGUGAACACCAGUCAUUUUAACUUGUCUGAGAUCUCGGAAAGAAUGCCGCCUGCCAUUGAACGCACGGUGAAGGCAGCUGAGCAGGCUAAUGGCACGUUGGAAUGCAGUGACGUUCUCGAAGCAUGGGAGCCGGUAAGAAAGGCGGCGGGGUUAAGCCACGCCACCAUGUCUAUGUGGUGCAACAUCAGCGUGCAGCCUGUUUUUGAGGCCUAUGCUGCAGCCCAGACUGUCUAUGCCCACAUGAACAUGAGUCACAUGGGUGUGGGACCAAUGACUGUGAGAGCUAGAGCUGCCAGGAUUGUCAAGACCGUACAGUCUCUCUACCAUGUCAACAUUAACAGCUCACUUGUGACAGAGCAGCUCAUCAUGGCUAUCUUGAGCCAGCUCUCUGAGCUCGCAGGCCAGCCUCUAAAUCCUGAGGCAGAGCUUUACUGGUACAAGCAGCUCCAAGACAUGCAGUUGCAAAACAGUUUGUCUUCUUUCAAAAUGCUCUCAGAUGAGCUGGUAAGCAUGGCCCCAUUCAUCCAGCCUUACACGGAAGCCAUAGAGGAAGCACUGAGCCACAUCCUGGACAACUACCAUCUCAUUCAAGACAGCAGCUCAUCCCAGGACCUCUUCAGAGAAGCAGCAAUGAUCUUCCUAUCCAGUGCAAACAUCACAUGGGAAACCCAAUGAUGUGGGGCAAAUUUCUCUGGACUUAAUGAAGCAUCUCUUACAGACAUGAUAAGGCAAGCUGUGAAACUGAUCAUUGACAUGGAGAUAUUUGGGACUGAGCCUAUGGUUUACCAAGCCUUGGAGCAAUUUCUGUCAUCCAAUGACUCAAGCAUGAUUGUGCAGAAGGUGUCCGCGAUGGUUGCAUGGUUGGCCUCCACUCGAGCGUCAGGACUGGAUCUGCUGACUCAGGCUCUGCCCAAAAUCUAUGACAUUCUCAGGCCUCUCUUGUCUGUCCUGACCCAGAUGAGUAUGGACAUGCCAGCUAACAUGGAGCUGUUUGAAGACCUAGCUGGAAACAUAAUUGCAAUGAUAAGGCAGUUGGUAAGCAGCAGUGGUGUUCUGACCCACAUGGACCGCCGUCCGAGUAUGUUUCAGCACGAAAUGAAUGGCGGUAACUAUACGAGGAGAGCCCGAUUCAGACGUGAGGCCCCGUUGAUGCCUGCAAGAGAACCAAUGGAUGACUUCAUAGACCUGUUCUACAUCGACUACCCUACCAUGUUCAAAGCCAUCUCUGUCCCUGCUACCACAUAUGAAAUCAUGGAGACAGUCCACGUGUUCUUUGCCAAUCCUGAUCUGAGCGUUGUGGUGAAGGGAGCUGCAAGCGAAAUGCCGUGGGGUUUGAAUGCCUCUCGGGACGAGACCAUUGAUGCUGCCCUUGGCAUGCUCUCCUUCUUCACUUUACCGGGCACGUUUCAAAUGUCAUCUAUAGAUCUUCUCAUGGAUGCUGCCCAUAUGCUUCCCGAUGGCUUUCCAUUCUCUUCGGUGCUUAAAGAUAUCACCAGAGUGCUCACCGGUGAAUCUCAAGAGAACCUAAUGCUCAUGCAACAGACCAUCCAAACAGCCAUUGAGCUCCUCCAGAUCAACCUGAUGGAUCCGCAAAUCACAGAGCAACUCGGCCACCUGCGAUCCCAGGUCUGCACCUUGGAGGAAACAGAAACGGUGCGUCUGCUGAUGUGGGCCGUCUCUAUUGAGCCCGGUCAGCUGUGUCACACUUUUCUACCCAGCCUGCAGAUAUUGGUUGAGAGUCUGAUGCUGAACACGACCUCUCUGACCGAUGCCAUCUUCCAGGCCUUGAUCGGGGAACCUACAUCCUACAAUGUCCAGUCAAACUGGUCCUCUGUGUUGGGUCAAGGUUUAGGCUUAAACACCAGCCAUCUGAGCUCUUUCAACAUUAACAUCACUUCCCCAGCAGUGACAGUCGGUGAAAUGCUGAGGAAUAAAACAGCCUUUGUUAUGGAUGUUCUGCAACACAUGGCUUUUGAUCCAGCUGCUCUCCACCUCCUGAUGCAAACCACCAUACCAAACAAAAAUCUAGAGAUCCUGUCCUGGUUGGUCAACCUGCGUCACUGCAGCUCCACAGCAGCCUUGAAAAUGAAAGAGACAGAUGCGGUGAUCUUGAAGACCUUCUGCUCCUUGUCUGUUGAACAGUGGUACAGCUUCUCACUGCUGAUGGCUCGCCAUCUCAGCAUGGAGAAACUCAUCUACAGUAUGGUGUUGUCUGAAGAAAUGCAGAGCCUGGUGGGAGUUAUGCUCCAGGUGGCUGAGGUUAUAACCGACAUGAUGAACACCAUUCUUCCUGCCGUUGGUCAGCUUCAAACUUUAAUGCUCUCCAUCAAAGACCUCAACCUGGGGGGCAACAACGAAUUUGAACAAAUGGUGAGAGGACAGAGGUCCAGCAUCUCCAGCAGAGCUACAUUUGUCACCCUCUCUCGAGCGUUGUGCAGUAAAGGUAUCCUGUCUCUGCUUGGGAUCGGCAAACUCCCCGUCAUGCCAGAGUCAAACUCCUCUUCCCCCAACUACCGCCAGAGGGAGGAGAUGAUUGAGAGGUUCAAGAUUCCACAAAAUGCCUCUCCCUUCUGUAUGAACAUGUACCUGGACAUGGUCAAUACCACAGGCGGCGCCAUCGCCUGGGCCUUCCUCAAACCAAUGCUGAUGGGACAGAUUCUGUAUACCCCUGACACACCCGUCACCAGGAACAUCAUGGAAAAGGCCAAUGCCACCUUGCAGGAGUUUGCAAAUUUGAGAAAGUACUCCGAGCAAUGGAUUGAGUCCUCCAACUACAUCAUGAAGUCUGCUGAAGUACUCGGCCGCACUUUGCCAAUGCUGCAGAAUUCCCUCGCCAAUUCCUUUGUUGAGACUUUCAUUGAGAUGCAAACAGACAUCAAUGUCGGCGCUAUGAAGGAGACGCUCAGCAACUUCUCUAACCUGACUGUCAUGCUGGAGAAAAACCAACACAUAAUUAAUCAGAUCACCACCUUGUCCACCCUGAUGGUGAGCAUCUCCUCCUGUAUCACGUUUGACCGUUACCGUGGCUAUAACUCUACCGACGAGCUCAACACUGUAGCUCAGGACCUGGCCAAAAACCGUGAUCUCUACGCAAGUGUCAUCUUCAAGCUUCCCAACGACGAGGACUCAUCCAGGAAGCGUAAGGCCAGGUCUUCCUCCUCCACAUCAUCCCUGCCUCCCAAAGUCAGCUACACCAUCCGCAUGCACAUGGACAAUGUGAUGCGUACAGACAGGGUCCGCAACCCCUAUUUCAUAAAGGACAACCACAUCUCGGCCAGGCUGACGCUGCGCUACAACCGGGGCUUUGUGUACCUGCAGGAGAACAUCGAUCGGGCGAUCAUUGAGACCCAGACUGGACAAAGAGUCACAGAGACAGCCGUCCAGCUGCAGCCCUUCCCCUAUCCCUGCCACCUCCGGGAUGAGUACCUAGAGGCCAUCUCUUUUGUCUUCCCACUCAUGCUGAUGAUAGCCUGGGUGCUGUUUGUGGCUGAUUUUGUGAAGAAACUGGUGCAUGAGAGAGAGCUGAGGCUGCAUGAGUACAUGAAAAUGAUGGGAGUCAACCCGCUCAGCCACUUCUUUGCCUGGUUCUUGGAGUGCGCCUCCUACUUGGUUUUGACCAUCUCGAUCCUUACUUUGGUGCUGAAGUACGGCCGCAUUCUGCCCAACAGUGACGGCUUCAUUCUCUUCUUGUACCUCUGCGACUAUGGUUUGAGCAUCAUGUCCUUCAGUUACCUGGUCAGCUCCUUCUUUGACAGGACAUACAUCGCCGGCCUUAGUGGCAGCCUCCUUUACAUCCUCUGCUUCUUCCCCUUCAUUGUGGUCAUGGCCAUGGAGACACAUCUCACCUUUUCCCAGAAGAGCGCCCUGAGUUUGUUCUCCCCGUCCUGUUUUAGUUAUGCCAGUCAAUAUGUCUCUCGGUACGAGUCCCAAGGAGAAGGCAUCCAAUGGAGCAACUCGUACACGUCGCCCAUUGCUGAAGACACAGCUUCGUUCGGUUGGCUGUGCUGGCUGAUGCUCAUCGACUCCAUCCUGUACUUCAUCAUCGGGGUUUACAUCCGCAUGGUAUUCCCAGGAAACUACGGCAUCCCUUUGCCGUGGUACUUCCCAUUCAAAGCCUCCUUCUGGGCCGACCUGUGCUGUUGUGUUAGGUCAAACAGUAAGGUGGGCAGAGGACUCCUCUUCACCAACAUCAUGCAGAAAAACCAGCCUGUCUUCUCCGACGACAAGGGAAAAGGCCAGAGCACUCUUUCUUCUCAGACCGGGGAGAAUUUCUCAGAGCUCCCAGUGGGCGUUACCCUCAAUGGUCUCAGCAAGACCUAUGGUGACCAAGUAGCUAUCCAAAACCUUAAUGUUUCCUUCUACGAAGGCCAAGUCACCUCAUUGCUUGGUCACAAUGGAGCCGGCAAGACCACCACCAUGUCUCUCCUGACUGGCCUUUUUGCUCCAACUUCGGGCACCAUCGAGGUGUACGGCAGAGACAUGCAGACCAACAUCGAUGAUGUUCGCAGAGAUCUAGGGGUGUGCAUGCAAUAUGACGUCCUCUUUGACCACAUGACCACCAAUGAGCACCUGCUGCUGUACGGCCAGAUUAAAGCCCCACACUGGUCAUGCAGGGAACUGCAUGAACAAGUCCGCAAGACCCUAGAGGAGACAGGCAUGUACGCUCACAGACACAAGCGGGUUGGUACUCUAUCAGGUGGCAUGAAGCGCAAGCUGUCAAUCUCCAUCGCCUUCAUAGGAGGCUCUCGCUUGGUGGUUCUGGAUGAACCCACCACAGGAGUUGAUCCCUGCUCCAGGCGCAACAUCUGGGACAUUGUUAUCCAGCACAAGAAACAGCGCACCGUCAUCAUGUCCACCCACCACCUGGAUGAGGCUGAAGUACUGAGCGACCGCAUCGCCUUCCUGGAGAGAGGAGGAUUAAAAUGCUGCGGAUCCCCCUUGCACCUGAAAGACAUGCUGGGUCAGGGCUACAAACUCACCCUCACCAAGAAGAUGCAGAACCUGGAAUCUGAGCGGAUUGACAACGCUGAACUGAAGGUCUUCAUCCAAGCUCAUGUACCGGAAGCGCGACUGAAGGAGGCCCAGGGGAGUGACCUGGUCUACUCACUGCCUCCCUUCACCUCAUCCAACUCCUCCUCAUACCGCUCCCUCCUGACGGCGCUGGACUCCAACCUGGACGCCUUGCAGCUGGGGGGCUAUGGCAUCUCUGACACCACCUUAGAGGAGGUGUUCUUACAGUUGACUCACGGAAACACAGACGCUGGGGCUGAGGACGGCCCGCUGUCUAUCUCAGAGACAGUUUCCGACACUGAUUCCAUUGACAGCUUCCCUUCAGAUUCUAGUGGAAGCAUAACUGACUUUGGUGACAAGAUCAACCUUACCAGUUCAGCCAUGGUGAGCGGCAUGGCCCUGGUCUGGCAGCAGAUAACAGCCAUUCUGAUCAAGAGGUUCCAUCACAGCCGAAGAGACUGGAAAGGCCUGAUCUCUCAGAUCCUGCUCCCUGUUCUGUUCAUGUCGUUUGCUAUGGGCCUGGGCUCCAUCAAGAAAGACCUACAGCACUAUCCUGAGCUGGAGCUCAGUCCUGCGCUUUACAACUUAGGACCAAGCUACUCUUUCUUCAGUAACCAAAAUCCCAACUCCACCCAGCUGAUGGACACCCUGAUGUCAUUCCCCGGGAUCGAUAACGCCUGCCUUGACAAGUCCGAUAACCCGGUUUGCACAAGAAGCACAAGCAACUGGAGUUCCAGAGGGAACAGCUCCAAAGCAUUUAGCAUCUGUAAAUGCUCCCGUCAAGAACAGAUUUGUGAUAAGGACAGUUUCCAGCCCCCCCAUAAGAAGAUCCCUUCGUCUCAGAUUGUGUAUAAUAUAAGUGGCUACAAUGUGGAGAACUACCUGGUGGGGACAGCAAAUGACUUUAUCAGGAACAGGUAUGGUGGCUUUUCCUUUGGCUUGCCACUCCCUUCUGACUUACUAAUGGACCUAAGAGGAGUGCCCGAUAACCGUACUCUGUCCAAGGUCUGGUUCAACCCAGAGGGCCAACACACAAUGCCGGCAUACUUAAACAGCCUCAGCAACAUCAUCCUACGCUCCAAUCUUCCCGCAGACAAGGAUCAACGCAAAUAUGCCAUUUCAGUUUCCAGUCACCCCUAUUUUGGCCGAGCGGAUGAUGAAGAUUCAAUUGUCCAGGGAAUGCUCCAGAUCCUGAUUGCUAUGUGUGUGAUAACGGGCUAUUCAAUCACGACGGCCAGCUUUGCCAUCUACGAAGUCAGCGAGCACCACAGCGGCUCCAAGAGGCUCCAGCACAUCUCUGGCAUCAGCGAGCCCUUAUACUGGGCUGUGAACUUCUUUUAUGACAUGGGCAUGUAUUUGAUCCCUGUGACCUUGACUGUGGGUGUGAUCGCAGCUUUCCAGAUUUCAGCUUUCACAGAUCGGCAAAAUUUGGGCGCUGUCGCCCUGCUUCUGGUGCUCUUUGGGUUUGCUACCUUCCCCUGGAUGUAUCUGUUAUCAGGCGUCUUCAAGGAUGCAGAGAUGGCCUUCAUCGCCUAUGUGUGCAUCAACCUCUUCAUCAGUAUCAACACCCUCAUGUCCACCUCCAUCCUGUUCUUCCUGAGUCAAAUUUCAUUUAAAAACGCUGAGCUCAUCCAGGACAUCUUCAAUAGGCUGAACAACGCCUUCCUAAUCUUCCCCCAGUUCAACUUUGGGAACGGGCUGAUGAAGCUGGCCAGGAUGAACAUAGAGGUCCAGCUUCUCGGUGGCUACGGCAUUGACGCCUAUCAGAACCCAUUCUCCACAGAUGCCCUGGGCUGGAUGUUCAUCUCCUCCUUCAUCCAAGGCCUGGUCUUCUUCACACUGCGCCUCCUGCUCAACAGGUUUCUCAUACGCAAAGUCAGGAAUCUGAUUUGUGGCAUGAAGACGGUGCCACAGGUGGCUUGCGAGGACGUGGAUGAGGAUGUGGUGACUGAGCACCUCCGGGUGUCCAGUGGAGCAGCCAGCACAGACAUACUGCAGGUCAACCAGCUGACUAAGGUCUAUCAACACCUCAAUAAGAAAGUCCACGCUGUCAAGAGAAUCUCUGUGGGCAUCCCUGCAGGAGAGUGCUUUGGUCUGCUGGGAGUGAACGGAGCAGGAAAAACUACCACCUUCAAGAUGCUGACUGGAGAUGUUAGCCCCACUGAUGGCACAGCACAGAUUAGGGACAGGGAUGGGCGUUUAGUAGACAUCAUGGAGUGCCGUAAGGAGGGAAUUAACAUCGGCUACUGUCCCCAGGUGGAUGCGCUGGACAAUCUGCUCACUGGAAAAGAGCACAUGUACUUCUACGCUCGCAUUCAAGGCAUCUCAAAGAGGGAGAUAGAUGGGGUGGUGAACUACCUACUGAAGAAGCUGCAGCUGAGCUACCAUAGAGACAUCAUUACUGAUAGUUACAGUUGCGGCACCCGCAGGAAGCUAUCUACUGCGCUGGCUCUCAUCGGCCGUCCGCAAAUCCUGCUCCUGGAUGAGCCGAGCUCCGGCAUGGACCCUCGCACCAAGCGUCACCUGUGGAAAAUCAUCUCUGAAGAAGUGAAAGGGAAAUGUGCCGUGGUCCUCACCUCUCACAGCAUGGAGGAGUGUGAGGCACUGUGCAGCCGUCUUGCCAUCAUGGUGAAAGGUCAGUUCUGCUGCCUGGGCUCCCUGCAGCACAUUAAGAACAGGUUCGGCAGCGGGUUCACUGUGAAGAUGUACUUGGCAGAGGACUCUUGUGACGCAGAGGCAAUCACUAGCUUCAUGCGAAGCCGAUUCCCAAGCACUUAUCUCAAGGACCAGCACUCCACUAUGGUGGAAUACCACGUACCGAUCGCACCAGGAGGGGUGGCUGACAUCUUCGACCAGCUGGAGUCCAACAAGAAUGCUCUGCAGAUCAAACACUUCUCUGUGAGCCAGACCACACUGGAUGAGGUGUUCAUCAACUUUGCCCUGGGAAACAUCGCAAUGGAAUCCAUAUCACUUAACAGCGAAGACGGAUGUGAUGACCUGGACUCCAUCAAGGCAGUCGAAACUUAGAGCUGACUGCCAUCUUUGUUUUGCCAUUUUGUCUCUGUGAAAUGAAACACAAUAUCUGUUUAUAGUAAAAAUCUGCUCUUAAUAUAUAUGAAAAAUAAGAGUUCAUGAUUUAAAAAUACUCAUUAUUUCGUGAAAGUGUCUUAACUGAUCAUAUGAAGAAUAAUAUACAAGCAGAAGGACACAUGCACAUAUGAAAAUGUUGAUUAAAAAGGUAAACACACACCUGUUUACCUUCUAUUCUCCAGAGCUCAUCAUUUAUGAAGGAUAAUAUUAAUUGUGUAGGUUAUUAUUUUCUGUCUGUGGUUGGGCCACUGUUAACUGUUGGAUAAUUAUACAUAAUUUUACAUAAUUUUAAAGCGUUCACACACUAGAUAUAUAUAAUUUAUCUCCAAAAAUGACUUUUUAA